AUGGCUCAAAAGAUCAAGACCGACAUCACCCUCUACACCACCAACACUCCCAAUGGCAUCAAGCCCUCCAUUCUGCUUGAGGAGCUCAACCUUGAGUACAAGGUGCACGCCAUCAAGAUGACCGAGAAUGAGCAAAAGGAAGAGUGGUUCCUCAAGAUCAACCCCAACGGUCGCAUCCCUGCUCUCACCGACACACUCGACGGCAAGCAGAUUCGUGUUUUUGAGAGUGGUGCUAUGCUGCAGUACCUCGUUGAUCGCUAUGACAAGGAUCACAAGUUCUCUUUCCCUCAAGGCUCUGCUGAGCAUUGGGAGAUGACCAGCUGGCUUAUGUGGCAGAUGGGUGGUCUUGGUCCCAUGCAGGGCCAAGCCAACCACUUCAAGCGCUACGCUCCUGAGAAGAUUGAGUACGGUAUCAACCGCUACACCAACGAGACCCGUCGUCUGUACCGCACUCUCGACACUCAUCUCUCCAAGCAAGCAUCCGGCUACAUUGUCGGCGACAAGGUGACCAUUGCCGACAUCUCCAUCUGGGGCUGGGUAGCCUCUGCCAAGUGGGCUGGCGUCGACUUGUCCGAGUUCCCUCAUCUGGAGAAGUGGCUCUACAAGCUCCUCGAGCGUCCUGGCUUCGAAGCCGGUCGCCACGUUCCUACCCCUCACAGUGCUUUUGAUCUGAACAAGCUAUCUGAGGAGGAGCUGGAAGAGAAGGCCACCGGAGCCAAGAACUGGGUGCAGGCCGGUAUGAAGGAUGAUGCUAAGAAAUGA